AAAACAAUGGCUAUUAUGUUAAAACAAAUUCAAUAUCAAAAUAAGGGAAUUAUAUGUCAUAUGUGUCUCUUAUAUUAAGAUUAAUAUUAAUGCUGCGUCGUUUAAAGUGCUGUUUGAAAGAGACUGUUAUGGUUGUAUAUGACCAGUUAACAUGCAACAAAUACUUAAUGAUAACAACCUACGUUUGAUGAAUAGAACCGGACAUUACCUCUACUAAUGCCAUUAUUCGAAUUCACUUUGGAGUCAUAUAUUAACCCAAAUGGAAGGAUUUGUUCGAUAAAAUGGCGUUUUGAAAUAAAGUUCGGAGUACAAAGUACAUCAUAGAAUGCAAGAUAGUAGAUUGUCAAAUGGAGAUAAGUGAUCACCAGCUUAGACCAUUGGGUAUCUCUCAACUGGCACGACGUAACAAACCACAAGCCGGUGAGGCCUUUCGUUACCGACUGAUGAAGAGUACAUUGACAGGGGACACUGGAGGGCAUUCAUAUCUCCGUAAUAAUAAGAGUAAAACGGCAGCUAAAAGAAUACAACGCAGUGCUAGAAAGCAGCGUAACUCCUCAGCCGAGAGGGAUGUUGAAGAGACAAAUAGAAGUCAAGCCGGAACCGGAAGUGACAUAGCCGUCAAUGACGUACAGGACAACUUUGAUUUCGAUCACGAACCAACAGAACGACCUGAUACUGCAACAGACACAUCAGAUACAAGCCAGAAAAUCUACCUGAUCACUUGUAGAAAAUUUGGGAUUGUUCCCUCAAAGACAUUUUACAAUUCUCUCAUCAACAGGACUAUUUAUCUUCACAACCAGAGUUUAGGGGCUCAAGAUGCAAGAGCUUGUGCCAUAUCACUUGUGGAUAACUCCACGGUAACGUCGCUUGAUCUUGGAUGUAAUGACAUCGGUAACCAAGGGGCGUGUCAUCUGGCUGAUAUGUUAGUGGAAAACUGGAACAUAACGUCGCUGAAUCUCUCUGAGAAUAAUAUAGGAAUGGAGGGUCUGGAAAGAUUAACUGAAAUUCUGCAUACAAAUAGAUCCAUCGAGCACUUAGAUUUAUCAGGCAAUGGAUUUACUGACGCCCAUGCGCCACUCUUGGUUGAUUUACUUUCGAAUAAUUUUACAAUUCGAAGAUUGGUUUUGCAUCAUAAUAUGUUGUGUGAAAAGGGAGGAAAACUUCUUGGCCCAGCUCUGAGAAGUGAAAAUAACGACACAUUACGUCAUCUUGACCUCGGGUGGAACCACAUCCGUCGCGAGGGUGGUCGAGCAAUCUGCCAAGGAAUCCUCAACAGUAACCUGGAAUCUGUGAAUCUCUCUUGGAACGGUCUUUAUCUGGAUGGCUCUAUUGAGCUAUGUAAACUCCUUAAACAUAAUAUCAUCCUGGAACAUUUGGAUAUUUCCUGUAAUAGGAUAAACAAAGACUGUCUCGUAGAAAUACUAAAAGGCCUAAAAAAGAACACUUCUUUGAAAACUUUAAAGAUUGCAGAAAAUCCAAUUGGAUCUGAGGGUGCGAUGGCCAUUCUAAGAACAGUAGAGAUGAUGCCAGAUUCUGCGUUUAACCUUCUAGAUUUAGGGGAGCAGUGUGUUGAACGAGAGUUUGUAGAGCUUGCGGAAAAGAUAGGAGAGGACAGGGAGCGUCCACUUGGGGUGAAACAUGGCGUGAUUCUGGAUCAGGACAAUAAGGGUAAAGAGGAUGGUGAUGGGGAUGGAUUUGAUGAGUUGGAUCCAAUGAUGGUACUUAUGGAAUGUAUGAAAUACCACAAUCUUCGACUUGUCGAUUUCUUUAAGAGUCUAGAUUUGGAUGGGAGUUGGACUCUCACAUACGAAGAAUUCAGAAAUGGUUUGUUGAGUGUGAAUAUGCCAAUGUCUGAAAAGACUAUUGAUCGCCUCAUAGCAGACAUGGACGCUGAUGGAGAUGGUGAAGUGGAUUUCAAAGAACUACUAGAUGGUCAAAAGGAAUACAAACGGCGGCUUGCAAGAAUGCAAUCAGCAAAUCGCCGACAGAGGGCAGCAGAGAUAAAAGAAGGUGUUGAUGAAGAAGACCGUAAAAUAAGUGACCUUGAAAAGGUCAAAGCAAAGGUCAAAGAAGUAUUCGAGGAAAGGAGACGUCAACAAAGAAAAGCUUUAGCGCUUAAAACAAUAAAAUUAUUAACAGUGCCUGGUAUAAACUCCCCUAAAUCUGCAUCCCCUCUGCAAACUCCUGCACAAAGCAGACCUGGAACAUCCAGGCCCCGUGGAGCAAAGCCAGAGAACAGUAAACCAGGCACGCCCAAUCAAAACUCACGUGCAAGUUCAGGGCGCGCACAAUCCACUGUCAGCUCGGCUACAAGAACAAGGAUUCGCAAGGCUGUGGAGUUAAAUCGUGUGGUUAAAAAUCUUGAAAAAACAACUGUUGGCCAUGAAGGGUAGUUUCUUCCCUCGUAUUGUAAAUGCCAAACGCCUUUGAUAUUAUAAAUCACCAUACAUGUAAUGUUUACCGGCUCUCAAAUUAAAAGUGCUGAAGUCAUUUUGGAUGUCAAAGAGAAUAUCAAAAUAGAUGACAGGCCAUCACCGAGUUGUUUUAACUUCGAUCAGACUAACAACUAAUACAUUUGUUUUUUAUGAUAAAGGAUCGGAAUAUUCAAUAUAUUUUUCAACGGUUGACAUCUACAUACAAAUAUUAGAAACAAGUUCCCCGAGAAUAAGAGGGGGAUUAGCCCCAGAGUUCAAAGAUGACAUAC